CAGCAAGGCCUUCUUUCAAGUAGCCGCCUUAUGCCAUCGGGUUUGCAAAGAGACAGAGACGCGCGCCCAUCUGAUCGAUAGCCCGACCCCGUUUCACCUGCGCUUCGCGACGUUGGAUAACAUAUUUAAAAGGGCCGUAACGGCCCACAUAUGUUUUGGGUCUGGUGACUAGAAAUAGUCCCGCGCUCUAACUUAACGCUUGCAUAAACGACCAGCUCCUAAGAGAAAUGCCCACUACCGAUGCCCCGGCGUCUAAAUCGAGCACAUACUGGCGAUGGGCAAUCGCCGCUGGCGUGCCUGUCGCUUGGUACUUGCUGAGUCGCCGGCGUCCCGCCGAUGAUGAACGCACCGACUUCGACGGCUUCCUGAAAGUCGUGGAGCCCGUAGGCUCCACUGGCGGCCAGCCAGAGCCUGGCAGGAGCAGCGGCACGAUUGACGCCUUCUUCAAGGACGCAGGCGAGCAGGUAGAUACCCGGAACCCGCUGGACUUCAAUAGCUUCCUGCUCAGCAAUGCCAGCAGCGCACCCGCCAAGAGCGGUCAAAAGCCAAGCGGCGCCAAGCAGCCGGCCUCUGCCCCUGAGCGGAAAGGUCCUUCCGCCGACAUGAAGCCGGUCUUGGUGUUGUACGGCACGGAGUACGGCUUCUCAAAGGAGAUUGCCGAGAAGCUCUGCAGCAUGCUUUCAGCGUGUGGCGGCGUUUGGCCCCAGCUUGAGAACAUGGCCGACCAUCCCUCUGGGUACGACUUCUCCAAGGUGCAAGUGGCAUUGGUCGCCUGCUCUACUCAGGGCGAUGGUGUGCCACCCACCGAGGCUCGCGAGUUCUGCGAGUGGCUAUUCGCGGGCAAGGCGGGCAGCCUGGCACACCUCAAGUUCGCCGUGUGUGCCCUGGGAGACAAGUCCUACACCCACUUCUGCCGCUGCGGCAAGCAGCUGGAUGCGGCGCUGGAGGGCGCGGGUGCGCAGCGGCUGGUGGAGCGGGCGGAGGUCAACAAGGAGGACUGGCCGGUGGUGGACGCCUGGCUGGGGGCCGUGGUGGCGGCGGUGAAGGAGCUGCCACUCAAGAGCUUUGCCGAGCUAGGCCUGGCUGUCUCGGGUGUCGCUGAUGCCGACAAGGCCUCCGGGCCCAAGAAAUGGGGCAAGAGCCGGCCGUACACAGCCUCCGUGCUGGCUCUGGAGGGGCUGUGCACGCUGUCCGGCGCCGACGACAAGAACACGGUGCGCAUGGAGCUGGACCUGGGUGACUCGGGCAUCACCUACCUGCCAGGCGACGCACUGGGGAUAUACCCAACCAACGAUAGCAAGGCGGUGGAGGAGCUGCUGGCCGUCAUGGGUGCCUCCCCCUCGGAGCAGGUGGCGGUGCCCAGCUGGCACUACGAGGAGGGCAGCCGCGCCGGCAUGCAGCUGUCUGAGGCACUGACCAAGUGCUAUGACCUCAGGUCGCCGAAGCCCGAACUAGUCAAGCUGCUAGUCGCUGCCUUGGAAGCCGCACACCCGCCAACCGCCAACGGUAACGGCACCACCGCUGCUCCCUCGCCGUACGAGCAGCUCCGCGGGGCUCUGGCAGACGCCUCGGCGCUGGAGGCCUACCUGGCGCCCCGCCACGUGGUAGAUGUGCUGCAGGAUGCGGUGCCCGUGAAGCUGAGCACCGCGCAGGUGCUGUCAUGCCUUCGUCAGCUCCAACCGCGCCUCUACUCCAUCUCGUCUUCUCCCCUGGAGGACCCUCGCCGCGUGCAAGUAACGGUGGCUGAGGUCAAGUAUGCGAGCCUGGGCAAGGACCGCAUCGGCGUAUGCUCCACCAUGCUGUCGGAGCGCUUGCAGGUUGGCUCCCGGCUGCCUGUCUACGUGCACAAGAACCCCGACUUCCGUCUACCCGCCAGCCCCGCCACCCCCAUCAUCAUGGUGGGACCCGGCACCGGCCUGGCGCCCUUCCGCUCCUUCGUCAUGGAGCGACUGCUGGCGGCGGCGGCGCAGGCGGGCGGCGGAGGGGCGUGCGCGGAUCAGCCCGGCCGCAUGGUGCUGUACUUUGGCUGCCGGCGCCGAGACCAGGACUACCUGUACGGCAAGCUGCUGGAGGGCUGGUCGGCGGAGGGCAAGAUCACGCUGUACACCGCCUUUUCGCGCGAGCAGAAGCAGAAGGUCUACGUGCAGAACCGGCUGGCGGAGAGUGCGGAGCUGGUGUGGGAGCUGCUGCAGCAGGGCGCGCACUUUUACGUGUGCGGCGACGCGGGCUCCAUGGCCGGGGCGGUGGAGGCGGCGCUGCUGGCCCUCAUCGCCGAGCGGCAGGGCGGCGGCCCCGAGGGGGCGCAGGCGUACCUGCAGGCGCUGUCGGACGCAGGGCGCUACCAGCGGGAUGUAUGGUAUUGAGUUUGUGUCGGUUGGUAGCAAGGAUUAUUAAGGGGGGGUGAGGGGUGCGCCAUGGGUUGGGUAUUUGGGUUGCUUGAUCUGCGUGCUAUUUAGGGCUGACGGCGGCAGGCUGCGAAAGCUGUGACUACCACUGUAGUCUGAGGCGUUAUUUGCUUUUAGGUUAAGCAUCCAGUAUGGCCCCUAGCCAGCUUAAGGUCUUCGCACUAACUUAAGCCGGGUGCGCAUGGCACAACUUUUGUGAGCUUGGUAACUUAUAGAAAGUCUUCAUACUGUGAACUGGUGUGCAUUAAGUGGACAUGGCGAUGCCGUGUCACUGGGUUGUGCCGUGUUGAGAGUGCAAUACCAUGCGGGAAACGUUGUUCGGGUUGUUUGCACUUGCUCAUCAGCGUGAUGCCUUACACCGCAUGUUGUUGUUGGCAUACCGUUAAUUGCUUGCUCGACUGUACCCCGAGCGCUUUAUGGUUGCGUCUUGACCUCCGUGUGAACGCAGGUGUCUGAACCUCUUUCUGGGCGGCUAUGUGCGUGCCAUGUCCUUAGUGGAAAGAAAGUGUGUAAUCGGCUAUGUGUGUUUGGUGGG